ACGCUAAGGCGGUUGACUUCGUUGGGAGGUAGGAGCUGGAGACAGCGUUCCGUUUCAGGCGGGUGCGGACUGGAAGAUAUGUCGUUGUAAACCGCGUCACAGAGGGCGAGAGAGAGAGAGACAGAGGGGGGGAGGAGAGGUAGAAGUAGAGAGAGAGAGAGACAGAUAGAGAGAGAGAUAGAAUGCACGAGAGAUAGAGAUGGAGAGAGAGAGAGACAGAGAAGGACGACUCCAUCCAUCGAUUGAGAGCGUCCUUGUCUGAUCAACACUGUUGGGUUAACGGCCCUCCCAUGGAAUCUGCUUCCCCUCUUCUUCUUCCUCCUUCUCUGCUAGGGUUUCUUUACUCCGUCUUCCUCUGACGACGACAACCUCUUUUUCUCCUCCGUACCAUGUUUUCUUCCCCCAGCAAUGCCUUGGUGGCCCUCCUCUCCUUCCGCCUUCUCUAAGCUCUCCCCUGAGGCCCCCUCCAAGAAGAAGAAAUCUUCUUCUUCCUCUGUUGCCUCCUCCUCCUCCCCCACCGCCUCCUCUGCCUCCGGCGCUCAUCGUCGAGGUCUCCGCCGCUUCGCUGGCCAGAGUAAUCCCCGUAAUUUGCCCGACCUCGACGUCGGCAUCGCCAGCAGUCAUUUUCCCUCGUUGGAGGCUUCCCCCGACACGACGCCGCUGUCGCGAUCCCCCAGCAAUUUGGAGUUCUCGUCGGCGCGGGUCUCUCCUGGCGUGCCGCAGCCGCUUCCGCUUCCGGAACACUCGCAGCCUAGUCGUCGCGAGGGGGUUUUGAGUCCGAAUUCGUGCUCCGCAAAUUGUCCUCUGCCUUCGCCAAAAGAGGCUCCGAUCAGAGGCCUCGAGGAUAGGGAUAGAGAUCGCGAUAGAGAGAGAGGCGAUGCUUCGACUGGAGAUGGGAAUGGAAGAUUUUCUUACCAAGAUGCACAAAAGAGUACAGAGCACAUAAAGUCUCCGAGAAAUGGGCCCCAAGAUCUAAAGAGUGAAGGCAGUCACGAAAAGUUCAGGAUAAAUGUUCCUGUACAGAGUGCUCCAACUAGCCCUUUCUCAAGUCCUAUGCGUAGCCCGCAAAGAAUAACCACGGGGGAUAUUUUUCAGUCUCAUUACAUGGCUCUACAAGGAUUGCAUGUCUGGUCUGCUCCAGAGAUGCCGGUUUUAGACAUGGUUUUAGGGUUCCCUUCCUAUGCAUCCCCAGACAGAACUACAUUUAGUGUUGAUAGUUCUCCGCUUCACAGUCCAUCGGUGAGAAGUCCCCGCCAAAACCUUAGAAGUCCAAGUGGACCUACAUCACCAUUGCACCCAAAACUAUCCCUUGAGACUGCAGCAGCACGACGUGAAAAUAACGGUCAUGUCAAUGUGCAUCCGUUGCCUCUUCCUCCAAUGGCUGCCUUGCCUUCACAAGCAACCCCAAUUCCUCAAGUUACUUGCAAGCCAGAGGUGUUGCCAAUGACACUUCAAUGGCAAAAGGGAAAGCUUAUUGGACGUGGUACAUUUGGAAGUGUUUAUGUUGCCACUAAUCGAGAAACUGGAGCUCUAUGCGCAAUGAAGGAAGUUGAGAUAUUUCCUGAUGAUCCAAAAUCUGGAGAAAGUAUAAAACAAUUACAGCAGGAAAUUAAAGUUCUCAGCCAGCUAAAGCAUCCAAACAUUGUGCAGUAUUAUGGUAGUGAAAUAUGUGAUGACUGCUUUUACAUAUAUCUGGAGUAUGUAUACCCAGGUUCGAUUAACAGAUAUGUCCGUGAACAUUGUGGGGCUAUUACAGAAUCAGUUGUUCGCAAUUUUACUCGCCAUAUUCUCUCAGGGUUGGCAUACUUGCAUGGCACAAAGACAAUACACAGGGACAUCAAAGGGGCAAAUUUGCUUGUUGAUGCAUCUGGGGUGGUUAAGCUUGCCGACUUUGGGAUGGCUAAACAUCUUAGUGGACAAGCAGCUGAUCUUUCCCUAAAGGGAAGUCCAUACUGGAUGGCUCCAGAGGUCCUGCAGGCUGUGAUGCAGAAAGACAACAAUUCUGAUCUUGCUUUUGCUGUUGACAUCUGGAGUUUGGGUUGUACAAUUAUUGAAAUGCUAAAUGGCAAACCUCCUUGGAGUGAAUAUGAAGGGGCUGCAGCUAUGUUCAAGGUUCUGAGAGAAACCCCUCCCAUACCUGAAACAUUGUCACCAGAAGGCAAGGAUUUCCUGCGUUGUUGCUUUCGGAGAAACCCUGCAGAGAGACCAUCAGCUAACAAGUUACUAGAACAUUUGUUCCUGAGGAGCUCACAGCUGACGGAUGUUCCAACUUGCACGCAGUCUUUUAAUGGGAUGAAAUUGAUGGACGAUGCACAUAGUCAAAGACAGCAGUCUAAUUUCAAAUCCAGUCAAUCAAUGUCCUCAAGCACCAAAAGUGCAAAAGGGAAAGUGGGCUCUAAGAGCUUCAGCUUCAUGCGAUAUAGUUUUAAUCCGGUGAGACUGGGCAACAAUCGCGAACUGAAACUUCCUACUUAAUGGAGGCCUCCUGCCAUUCUUCUUGAUCUGCAGUUGAUAGCCUUCCUAGUCUGCACGGGGGUCACGGCCUGCAGCAUUGCUCAAGCCCUUCUGCAAAUGUUUCCAGCUGUGUUAACCACGGUGUUUGAAGCAUAUUUUUCCCAUUUAACCAGUGGAAGGGAAGUGCCACCUGUUUUUUGACGUGAUUUUUAUGAAGUGGAUUCAGGAAUUAUUGUGUUAUAGACCUUCAUGGCAAUGGCAUGGAUGCUCUCUUAGGUGACUUGCAGUCUUCUUCAUCAUCAUCUUCAUAAAUUUUUUUAAGCAUUUGCAGUGUUAGGUUCUUUUCUUUGAUCCUUGAGCCUUUUGACACCUCGUGAAGUGAUGUAGCUUCUUGUACUGGAAGUUUAUUUUAUUAGGACUGGGGAUUCGUAGGAGGCAUCUUCUUCUUUUUUCUUUUUUACCUUUUUGGUUUUUUUGUACUUUAUAAUUACUAUUGGAUAGAGGUCGAUCCGGCAAUUACAGCAGUUUGCCCACAAUUUCGCCGAGAUAGUAUUUCUCCGUGGCCUCCAUGUACAAUUGAUGAAGUCGAAACUGAAUGUGUAGAUAUUUUAGAGAAGGUUCAACUCAUCUGUGUACUAGUUAUCACAACACGCUCCAUAUCCAAGUGAAAAAAUAUUGUUCCAGUUUGUUA